AUGGCCGCGCCGCAUGACGUGCACAGCGUCGACUCAUUCGCGCAGCUGCCGCUCCUCCGCGGCGCCGGGCAUGCAGCACCGACGAUGGCCGGAAGGGACGCCACCAUCCGCCUCUUCGGCCGGGACUUCUCCAACGACCAGCAGGCGGGCCAGCUGCUGCUGCGCAAGGAAGACGACGGGGUCGUCGCGGGCGAGGGCGGCGAGGCGGCGGCGGCGGCCGGGGAGAGGAAGUUCGAGUGCCACUACUGCUGCCGCAACUUCCCGACGUCGCAGGCGCUGGGCGGGCACCAGAACGCGCACAAGCGGGAGCGGCAGCACGCGCGGAGGGCGCACCUCGAGGCCUCCCUCGCCGCGCACUGCGGCGCCUACCUGCCGGGGGCGCACCUCUACGGCCUCUUCGGCUACGGCGCUGGCCACACCGCGCUGCCGGCGGCGCACUACCCGGCCGCCGUGUGGGCUGGCGCCGUGCCAGGUUUGUAUGGCGGCGGCGUGGCACCACCCGUGCCGCGGCCUCCCGUGUACGGCGGCAUGCCCGUGGCGCCGGGGAUGUGGAGGCCGUCGCCGGCUGGGAGUGGCCCUUUUUGCGCGGCCGGCCGGCCCGAGGGGGAGCUCGCGACGUACGCGGAGAUGGCUGGCAAGGGCGACAAGGUGGCGAUGAGCGUGGUGACGUCACUGCCAGCGUUGCCGCCGACGUGUUUGUCCGGCCAGUCGCCGGAGAUGAUAGGGAGACCUGAGUUGGGACACAAGGAUGGCAUCUUAAGCUUGGACCUCUGUUUGUAAUCGUCCUAAGCU